AGGUGACAGGAGGAGGCUCCGGGAGUGCGCGGGCCGCGGCAGGCGCGGUCCCGGGAGCCCGUGGCCGGCUCAGGCAGCCUCCCACGAAGCGGCAUGGCGGGCUGGUGGCGGGCGCUGGCGCGCGCGGCCAGACGCUACCCGUGGCCCACGAACGUGCUGCUCUACGCGGCGCUCUUCUCCGCGGGCGACGCGCUGCAGCAGCGCCUGCGGGGCGGCCCGGCCGACUGGCGGCAGACCCGGCAGGUGGGCACCGUGGUGGUGGCCUUCCACGCCAACUUCAACUACGUGUGGCAGCGCCUGCUGGAGCGCGCGCUGCCGGGCCGCACGCCACGCGCCGUCCUGGCCAAGGUGCUGUGUGACCAGGUGGUCGGUGCGCCAGUAGCGGUUUCGGCCUUCUACACCGGUAUGAGUAUUCUCCAGGGAAAGGAUGACAUAUUUUUGGAUCUGAAACAGAAAUUCUGGAAUACAUAUAAGAGCGGUCUGAUGUACUGGCCUUUCGUACAGCUGACCAACUUUAGCCUUGUUCCUAUUCACUGGAGAACAGCUUACACGGGACUUUAUGGUUUUCUGUGGGCCACCUUCCUUUGCUAUUCACAGCAGAGUGGUGAUGGCACAUUGACGUCAGCUUUCACCUUCCUUCAUUUAAAGGAGGCCAAUGCAGUUGAAAGGCCCCCAGAGAAAUGAAAUGUCAGGGACUCCCUGAAAGUGACAAAUUUUUUUCUUAAAUGUGAAAAGUUGCUUGCCAAUGAAAUACUCUACUUGCCAGAUAUGAGCUCCAUUUGGAAGAAUUACUGUUCCAUAGACCAACUUGUUUCUUAAUUAUCAAUCAGUACUUUAAAUUUUAUCCAAACUUUUUUUCCCCAUUUUUGUCAGAAAGUAUUACUUCUCUAAUAUUUGCACUUCUUUAAUACUUUAGUUAAUACCAAUAAGAGUGCCAAAAUGGCAUUUUAUAAUUAUUACUAUUUCUAUCUUAAUAUUUUAAUGCCAUUUAAUUAUAUUUAAUGCAUUUAGUUAUUAAUGCCAUUUAGGGAACCAUUAUUGAUUGUAUACUCGUACAUCUCUCUUCUAACAUCUCAGGUUAUUCCUAAACACUUUUGGAUCAGAUUAUCUUUUAUACCAAAAAUAGUUCUUACAGUAAAUUUCUAUUUACAUAGAACUCAAUCAAGGACAAGAUUGAAUAAUCAGAUCCUCCCCUCCAAAAAAUACUAUAAUUAUUUUAUGCUGAUACUAAAGUUCUGUAAGUAUAUUUUAAAUCAUUAAAAAAAAAACAGUGUGUGAUUGGUGUGUCCUGUAUAGACUAAUUUCAUUGAUGUUUUCUUCUAUUUUUGUAAUUUCUAAAUUAAGUACUUUUUAGUUAAUGGUUUUUAGUUUUCAGCAUGUUCAGUACCCCACUUCCCAGACAUAUGAAGUAUACAAAAUAUUUCACUUCCUAAAGAAACAUAUUGAUUGAAGUUUCUGAAAAAAAAUGAACAAUUUUUCUUCCUAUGGAAGGAAGAACUCUAUUCCAUAGGUUUCCAGGGAAAAUAGUAACCCCAAGUUUCACACUGAUGUUGUAUUUUUAAAAAUCAGUGUUUUAAACUAAAUCUUUAUAGUAAUCUUUAAGGUAGACAUGAGAAACUUAAUACAGUCUUUCAGAUUUACUUAGUUUGUCUCACCUGAAAACCA